AUUUACAAUAAAUGUGAAUGUAAUCUAAAUUAUUGUGUUUAGAUCUUAACAAGCACAAUAUUGUCUUGGAUAAUCAUAUCAUCGGUCAUAAAUGUGUCAUCCAAUGCAUGCUUGCAUCUUAUAAUCUUUCAUAUUUCGGUACUCUUUGACGCUAACCAAAUCAAAUUUGCAAGUUCCUUCGAUUCUUUGAUGAAAUUCAUGUAAACCUUGCUUUUAUCAAUUGUGGUCUAUUGUUGGUUUACUAAAAUUGGCUACAUAUUGUAUUUUUAUGGGAAAAAAACUUGUUCUCCAUUUUGGAAUUUUGUCAAUGUGUUCCUCUUCUUGUGAGUUACUGGAACCGUUGGAUUAUGCACUUGGCACACAAAAGAUUGUAUCUGGUGAAGUUCUCAGGUUGAAUAAUGUUUCUGAUCCUGAGAGAAUAGAUGCUAAAAUGUACAUUGAGUUUCUAGAAGCAGAGAUUGAGGAACUGAAUCGUCAAGUUGGUAGAAAAACUGCAAAUGGACAAAAUGAGCUAUUGGAAUAUCUCAAUUCUCUUGAGCCACAAAAUCUGAAGGAGUUGACUAGUAAUGCUGGUGAGGAUGUUGUGCUUGCAAUGAACACAUUCAUCAAGCGUCUUCUGGCUGUUUCUGGUCCUACCCAAAUGAAGACAAGUGUAACAGAGACUAGUGCCUCAGAACUUGCCAAGCUUCUUUACUGGCUGAUGGUGGUUGGAUACAAGAAGUCUGAUUUGACAUGGAAAGGGUACUUGGAACUCGUCCGAAGCUUGCAGAUUUGCCUCUAGGAGAAAAUAUUUAGACAUUUUGCAUAAUAAUAGAAAUGGAGGAUA